GUGGAAGGAAGUGUUCAGAGAGCCGCACGGCGGUGGGAGUUGUCUGACCAACGAUGCAGUCAAGGCUGCAGAGCCAGAGCGGAGGGGGAGGAGAAGGCGACAGAGACAGCGGCUGCAAGAGCGGAGUGCUCCUGGACAUCACCUCCCUCAAAAUGAACGAGCUGGACUCCGAGGUGCUGCCCCUGCCCCCCCGCUAUCGGUUCCGAGAUCUGCUCCUGGGAGACCAGUCCUUCCAGAACGACGACAGGGUUCAAGUAGAAUUCUAUGUCAAUGAAAACACUUUUAAAGAGCGACUCAAGCUGUUCUUCAUCAAAAACCAAAGAUCAAGUCUAAGAAUAAGGCUAUUCAACUUUUCUCUGAAGCUGCUUACCUGCCUCCUCUAUAUUGUCAGAGUCCUGCUUGAUGACCCAGCCAAAGGAAUAGGAUGUUGGGGCUGCAAAAAGCAGAAUUAUACGAUAUUCAACCAGUCGUCUGCUGAGAUAGAUUGGGCCCCCAUCUUAUGGGUGGACAGGGAAAUGCCACUCUGGGCAAUUCAGGUGAUAGUGGCUCUGAUAAGUUUUCUUGAGACGAUGCUCCUCAUCUAUCUCAGCUAUAAGGGAAACAUUUGGGAACAGAUAUUUAGGGUUUCUUUUAUCCUGGAAAUGAUCAACACCGUGCCCUUCAUCAUUACAAUAUUCUGGUCCCCUUUACGGAAUCUCUUUAUCCCCGUUUUUCUGAACUGCUGGCUGGCCAAGCACGCCUUGGAAAACAUGAUUAACGACUUUCACCGUGCUAUCCUGAGGACCCAGUCAGCCAUGUUCAACCAAGUCCUGAUUUUGUUCUGCACUCUGCUCUGCCUGGUUUUCACAGGAACCUGUGGUAUUCAACAUUUGGAAAGAGCGGGUGAUAACCUAUCACUUCUCACGUCCUUUUAUUUCUGCAUCGUCACCUUUUCCACCGUUGGAUAUGGAGACGUCACCCCCAAAAUCUGGCCUUCCCAACUCCUGGUGGUGAUCAUGAUAUGUGUUGCCCUUGUGGUGCUGCCUCUUCAGUUUGAGGAAUUGGUGUAUCUCUGGAUGGAAAGGCAGAAGUCCGGAGGCAAUUACAGCCGUCACCGAGCCCAGACCGAGAAGCACGUUAUACUUUGCGUCACAUCUCUCAAAAUCGAUCUCCUCAUGGACUUCCUUAAUGAAUUUUAUGCCCACCCCCGCCUCCAAGAUUACUAUGUCGUGAUACUUUGUCCAACAGAAAUGGAUAUUCAGGUUCGAAGAGUCCUCCAGAUUCCACUGUGGUCCCAAAGAGUUAUCUAUUUGCAGGGAUCAGCCCUGAAGGACCAGGAUCUCAUGAGAGCCAAGAUGGACAAUGGUGAGGCCUGUUUCAUCCUGAGUAGUCGGAAUGAGGUGGACAGAACUGCAGCGGACCACCAAACCAUUCUGAGAGCCUGGGCCGUGAAGGAUUUUGCUCCUAACUGUCCCCUCUACGUGCAGAUUUUAAAGCCUGAAAAUAAGUUUCACGUCAAAUUUGCUGACCAUGUGGUUUGUGAAGAGGAGUGUAAAUAUGCCAUGCUGGCCCUCAACUGCCUCUGCCCUGCCACGUCCACGCUCAUCACACUGCUGGUUCACACAUCCAGGGGACAAGAAGGUCAGGAGUCCCCGGAGCAGUGGCAAAGGAUGUAUGGCCGUUGUUCAGGGAACGAAGUUUAUCACAUCCGGAUGGGAGACAGCAAGUUCUUCAUGGAGUACGAAGGGAAAAGUUUUACCUACGCGGCCUUCCACGCACACAAAAAAUAUGGCGUGUGUCUGAUUGGGCUGAAACGGGAGGACAACAAAAGCAUCCUGUUGAAUCCAGGUCCCCGGCACAUCAUGGCCGCGUCAGACACCUGCUUCUACAUCAACAUCACCAAGGAGGAGAACUCAGCUUUCAUCUUCAAGCAGGAGGAGAAGCAGAAGAAAAAGGGGUUUGCCAGCCAGGGGCUGUAUGAUGGACCCUCUAGACUGCCGGUUCACAGCAUCAUUGCCAGUAUGGGAACAGUUGCAAUGGACUUGCAGAAUACAGAGUGCCGCCCUGCAAACAGCAGCAAACUGACGUUGCCCACAGAGAAUGGCUCGGGCAACCGAAGGCCAAGUAUCGCCCCUGUCCUAGAGCUGGCUGACAGCUCCUCCCUCCUGCCCUGUGAUCUCCUGAGUGAUCAGUCGGAAGAUGAGAUGACGCAGUCUGAUGACGAAGGGCUCACCGUUCUGGAGUAUGUGAAAGGCUACCCCCCAAACUCUCCCUACAUUGGAAGUUCACCCACAUUGUGCCAUCUAUUACCUGUGAAAGCUCCUUUCUGCUGCUUGAGACUUGAUAAGGGCUGUAAGCACAACAGCUAUGAAGAUGCUAAGGCCUACGGAUUUAAGAACAAGCUGAUUAUCGUUUCCGCGGAGACUGCUGGGAACGGACUGUAUAAUUUCAUUGUUCCACUCCGGGCCUACUAUAGAUCCCGGAAGGAGCUAAACCCAAUUGUGCUGCUGCUAGACAACAAACCUGACCACCACUUUCUAGAAGCAAUCUGUUGUUUUCCCAUGGUGUACUACAUGGAAGGCACAAUUGAUAACCUAGACAGCUUGUUGCAGUGUGGCAUCAUCUACGCUGACAAUUUGGUGGUGGUGGAUAAAGAGAGCACCAUGAGCGCGGAGGAAGAUUACAUGGCAGAUGCGAAAACGAUCGUCAAUGUCCAGACGAUGUUCAGGUUGUUUCCAAGUCUUAGUAUUAUUACAGAGCUGACUCACCCAUCCAAUAUGAGAUUCAUGCAGUUCAGAGCCAAGGACAGUUAUUCACUGGCUCUUUCCAAAUUGGAAAAACGAGAAAGAGAAAAUGGAUCCAACCUGGCCUUCAUGUUCCGACUGCCUUUUGCGGCUGGGCGAGUGUUCAGCAUCAGCAUGUUGGACACGCUGCUCUACCAGUCAUUUGUGAAAGACUACAUGAUUACAAUUACCAGACUGUUACUGGGUCUGGACACCACCCCAGGUUCCGGCUACCUCUGUGCUAUGAAAAUCACGGAUGACGACCUGUGGAUUCGGACCUACGGGCGUCUGUUCCAGAAGCUGUGCUCCUCCAGUGCGGAGAUUCCAAUCGGAAUCUACAGGACAGAAUCCCAUAUGUUCUCCACCUCCGAGCCUCAUGACAUCCGAGCUCAGUCGCAAAUCUCAGUCAACGUGGAGGACUGCGAAGACACGAGGGACGUCAAGGAGUCGUGGAGCACCAAGCCGAGCCACCACCACCGCAACUCCUGCUCCAGCGACCAGUCUGAGCACCCCCUGCUGCGGCGCAAGAGCAUGCAGUGGGCUCGCCGGCUGAGCCGGAAAGGACAUAAGCACACAAGUAAGACGGCUGAGUGGAUCAGCCAGCAGAGGCUGAGCUUGUACCGGAGGUCGGAGCGGCAAGAGCUGUCCGAGCUGGUGAAAAAUCGCAUGAAGCACCUGGGCCUGCCUACGACCGGCUACGAGGAUGUAGCAAAUUUAACAGCCAGUGAUGUGAUGAAUCGGGUAAACCUUGGAUAUUUGCAAGAUGAAAUGAAUGAUCACCAGAACACGCUGUCCUAUGUCCUCAUUAACCCUCCUCCCGACACAAGGCUGGAGCUGAAUGAUAUCGUGUAUUUAAUUCGCUCUGACCCCUUAGCUCACGUAUCCAAUGACUCUCACAGUCGAAAAAGCAGCUGCAGCAAUAAGCUGGACCAGUGUAAUCCUGAGACAAGAGAUGAAACGCAGCUCUGAAGCCCCUCUGCACUUAAUUUGCCAUCUCUCUUGAUUGUUAAUGCAUGGAACCAUCUCCAGAAGUUUGUUUUUAUUUGUGUUUUGGAGGAAAAAUAAUGGAAAAAAAACUCAUGGUGAUGUGCAUUUUGAAAGUUUCAAAUGAAAACUGGAGACCAGGGAAUCAGUAAGCUGCCAGAGAACUUUCAUUGCACUACAAAAAUGCAAUCCCUAACCUGAAAUCAGCCACUCAGAAAUGCCCUGAAAGGAAGUUCCUUCAACUUCAGAUUCAGAGAAGAAGACCUGCCCUUCUGAACAGCAGGAAGUUCCUAGAUUGAAUAUUUUUAACCUUUUUAAACUACACACACACACACACACACACAAGUACCGUCACUAGUGAAACUCCCUCCGCUGGUACCUAUGGGGCAUGUCUGACAAAGAAUUGUGCUAAAAAUGGAAAAACACAUCAAAUCCCCAUUCACUCAAGUCAUUAGCUUGGACUCUCUAUCCCUCUGGGCCACAGGUCACUGUAACCCAGGGCAUUGUAGCAGUUGGAAAGAAACUGUUGUUUUAUUCUUAGAUUCAGAUUUCCUCCCUCUCCCUGUUGGGGGGCAAGGAAUGCUGAGAAAGGGAGAAAACUGGGAGCUUUCAGGGUCUCCUGACUACGCAUCUUGUUUAGAAAUUUGGAGGCGGGUGCAGGAGAUGAGGCACCUGUGAGGAAUUGUCUAAGAGGAAGACUUCUAUGUAAGUGUGCUGCCUCUUUCUCCAUUUGGUGGCCUUAUUCUGUGGUCCAGGUCCCAGCACAGGUAGAGAGCGUUGAAUACCUUUAAAGACUCAGUCACAGGGAUUCUGAUCCAUCACUCAGAACAGGGGAAUUCACAAUUCCUCUAAGUCCCAAGAUGAUGUCUGGCAGAGGGGUUCUACAUGCUGUGAAAUUCCAAGUGCAUAUUUGCUUUAAUUUCUUUUUCCCAACCGCUUCCCUCCCCACCCUCCAUCCUUUUCCCAAACCAUGAGUUUCUGAAAGUACUACUCGUUCAUUCCCGACAAAGCAGAGAACUGUUCACCCACUAGCCUCAGAAAAUCCUGAAAGUCACCAUUUGCUUGCAAUGUAGAGAAACUUCUAAUUGACCUGCAUACCUCCAGGUUAGCCUACCCAAUCCACAGGUUGCAGGUCAGGUUGGGUAAGUAGACUUAUUUUGUGGGUGCAGGUGGGUGGUCUGUGGUUGCAGGUUGGGUGCUAAUUAUAGUAUCCGGGCAAAUCUCAACUUCCAAGGUCUAUUCUUGCUUUCCUUGAAAUUUAGUUUUCCCGGAGCACCUUAGUUUCCCCAAGGGAAAUCCCUUUUAGUAGAUUGAGAAUUUGGGAGGUCAGAGGGAGUGGUGUUGGGAAGGGAAAGCUGCAUCACAAGCGCUCAAUAAAUAUCACUGAAGCGCUCAAUAAAUACCACUGAUUGAUAGGAUGGUUUUGAUUAUAUUGCAGCUUUGAAGGACCUGUGUUUUGGUGGACUUCAGUCAUUGAAGAAUAUCAGGCAAAUGGUCACGUGUGGUGCCUUGUUUUCAAGCUUCUGUUGUUAUCAUCCCAUCUGCUGUGUGUGGCUGAGCUCCUGAUUUUUACAGGUUGCUUGCUGCCUCAAGAGGUUCCCCUCAUUUUCCUGCACAACUCUGAAGCUAGGGGACAAACAGUGAGUGUUUCAUUGGUUUCACUGCUCUUUGAGGUUGCUGAAUUUAAGGCUUGGGCCUUGGUGGCCACCCCAUGGGUUAGCUCUCCUGGCCUCUCAGCCAAAGAUAAACUGGCCACCUCCUAGGUCCUGGUGGCAGACUGCAACCGGAGAUCGCUUUCAUGAAAACCCCGUCCUGCCUAGCCAUAGCUCCCCCACCGACUCGGAAAAAAUACAGUUAUUGCUAAAGGACUCUUUGCUGUCAUAAUCUGCACAUUCCUUCUUUGACAGAGCCCAGGGGUUUUGAGAGGGGUUGUAAGUUUGCUUUGUACUACCGGGGCCAAGGUAAAAUUGGCCUGGAGGACUUUAUCUGUUAGAAGGUGGUUUCUCUUACUCCCAAAUUAUAAAUGUUCAGUAACAUUUAAUGGGCAGGCUCAUAUUUCUAAACGUAUCUUGUUAUUGUAAUUAAUAGCUGUGCAACUUCACAUCAACAAGACCAGUUGGCUAAUGAAAAGAAAGCAAGACCUCCCUCGACGAUAGGUUUGUGUGUGCCACCCAGUAAUCUGUCGGUACCAGUUAUGUAUUUUGGAUAUGAAAGUGCUGCCAAAUUAUAUAGAGUUGGGUAUAGUCUAUCUGGAGUCUGUGGUGGGGGCUAUUGUAAAGAGGUAUGGCUAGUGUAAAUAGGAACCUUAAAUUUGCACAGAUUAGAAAGGGAGCACCUGGGCAAACUUUGUGGUUAGAGGACAGGUGACUUUAUAUAAGGAAAUGGAAACAGAAGAUGUAUUUUUUGUCUAUUUUUGCACAAACCAAAAUUUUGAUGUAUGUCUACUUGAAUGCCAGUGCACAAACAGACUUUCUAAAUAGCUCAUUUCACGUUCAAUUCUAAAGGAAAGAACUUUUAGAACAGGCAAAGCACAAUUUCAGCCUCAAAGUUAAUGACAUUCAAAACUCUUAACUGAACUUAAAAUUUAAAGGUAAAUGAAAGUAACCAUUGUUUUUUGGUCAUGAUCUGAAACUCGAACAUCCAUGAAAUUAAACUUUUUAUCAUAUUGUGCUGUUAAAUAAUCAAUGAUUGAUACCAUCUCAAUCGUUGCCUUCUAAAUAUUAAAACAUUGCAGCUUUAGAGUUAAAACUCGGUACCUGGGUGAAUGUAAUUCUUUAAAUGUCGGGUAGCUGGUCUGAACCUAGGCAUAGGGGGUUGUCAAUUAAAACUGUAAUAUGGGUGGCCUAAAGAGGUAAUGGACCUAUUUUGCCCCUGCUGUUGUAGUCAGGGUGUGUUUAAAAUGAACCUUUUUCAGGCUUUGUGUGGUCUUCCCUCAGUACUUGGAAGAGGAAACAAAACCUCAUAUAGGAAAAAAGUUACUUUGUGCUGCUAACUUGGCUCCUGGGGGAGUCUUUGGAGGCAAUUAUAUAACAGUGGUUGUGCAGAGGCUUGAACUAUGGAGAAAGCAUUGCCAUUUCCAGGGGGAGUUGCCUGGUUCAGCAUCUCUCUGGGGUGCAGAUGUCCACUGACAGUUACCUAAGUAUUCUAUGAAUUCAGAACAGUUUUCUUCCUCACCUCACGGGCCAACUUUAAAUGUUAAAGAUUUAGUAGUUAGCUUGUAUAAUUACCAAGAUUUUAACCCCACACACCCUCUCCUCCCAAACACCUAGAUUGACCAUUACCAGCAUAACUUGCUUUCUGUUUGUUUCCUAACCUUUCCUUUAUGGAUUGAGUAGGCAUUCAUUCAUCUUCCUUUAAGGAGCCACAAAAGGCUUCUUGGUACCCUGGGAGAAUUAAGAAAGGAGAGCCUGUAAAGAUGCUCUUGAGGUAGUAGCAUCCCUUUCCCUGGUUAGCUAGAAGCCAAUGCCUUAAGUCUUCAUAUCCCCUAAUUCUCCUUUCAUUCCAGGUAGGUAUCUAGAUAUAUGGAAGUUAUCUAAGAAGGUCAUAUUGAAAUCCAGAGAAUCAAUUAAUGGACUUUGAGCACUGUACCUAGUACUUGGGAGAAUGUAAUAGAGGAAGUAGACAGGAUCCCUGACCCCCAAAAGUUUACAGCAUCAUCUUAAAAGAGAAGUGGAAUGAGCUUAUCAGGAUAUGUAGGCCUUAUUCCAUGUCUACACUGGCACAUGGCACCUGUGCCAUAUUUUGUAAAUAUGUGUAUAAGCUUGUAUAUAUGAGGGAAAUUAAAAAUCCACUCAUGAGAUUGACCUUUUUGAUUCUUUUAAUUUUAGAAAUUAAAUGUGAGAACACCUAGAGGGGAUUACACAUCCAGGUAAAUGGUAGGUGAUUUAAACAGGUAGCAACAAUGAUGGUUAUGAAAAUGGAUUUAUAAUGUACCCUGUGAAAAAUGCAUCUUUGAGUGAGUUUCUGUGCCCCUUUGGGGGUUGCUUCUUGGGUCACUUUUGAUCUAGGUUUCACUGGGCAGCUUUAGUAUAGCUCUCUCGAGGACAUGCGUUGCCUAGAGAACUGUCUCCUGCCACUAUUCCACAAGGAGCCCUACCUACCACUAAGGUGAAACACUUAGCUAUAGGUCUCUGUCACCAAAGUUGAUUUGAGUUUCCUACCCUACAGCUCCUCUGUCUUCGAUAUCAGACUUAUACAUUGGAAACCAUCAUGGAGGUGGUGUCCUCUUGGCCCAUGAAGUUAAUAGCAGUCUCAGAGCAGGAGGAGAAAUGAGCUGGCUCCGACUGAUGACAUUUAGCUGUGCGGGUCUCCUUGGCCACUGUUCUAGCUCCUUAUCAAAUAGGUACUGUUUGCACUGCAACCAGCAAGUGGAGUUUCACUCCACUCACAACUGACCUUUGAUUGCCCAUCAGUACAUUAUUAACAGGAUGUGUGGCUCAUUUGUCCCAACAUUAUUCCAGUUUUAAAGGCUAAUAAUUGUUUUUUUUUUAAAUUCAAGAACUUACUCUGUGCCACAUGCUGGGACAGAUGCAGAAUAAUCAGAUCAAAGUCCCUGUUCUAUGUAUUUAAGGUAAAGUAGAAAGAAUAAAUGAAAGUCUUCACCCACUGAGAGGGUUUUACUUUUAUUUACUCAAGCAAGACCCUAAAACACUAUUCUAAAGGUAAUACUAAAACAGUUAAGGAAAACUUUUCCACAGGCACUCCCUGAAAUCUGAAAAUAAGACAGCAGAAGACUUUAGCAUGAUCUAAAAACAGUUUGGCAUCAGAAAUAUCUAUUUUCCAAUAAGUUUGGCCUAGCUUGUAACAAAUGCAUGCUUUAUUAAUGGAACUAUAUUUGUGAUGAUACCUGAAUCUUGGACAAGAUUUCAUUCUUUACUGUCCAAUAAAGAAAAACAAGAUUUCUGAAAUUGUGGGCCUUUAAAGUGAUGUUGAUAUGGCUUUAGACUGUCCCACAUUCACACUAGAGAAAUAAUGUAUGGCUAUACUUUUCUCCACAGAGAUUUUCAAAUGUCUCUAAACUGUUUACAAAGGAUUUUGCUGCUACUAGAAUAUAAACCCACUAGAGAAGCAUUUUUGAUUUUCUGCCUGCCUGGUUUUGUGUCUAGAUAACAAGAGGUCAAUUCAGCAUGGUCUUCGGUUCAAAUCCCUGGGUUUUUCUUUGUUUCACUGGAUUGUUCCAGAGACUAUAUUCUCUUCUAGCUACCAAGACCACUGGAGUUCUGGGCAGGAGGUAGGGUAGUUGGGGCGGAGUAGUUCCUCUAGACCUGGGUUGCACCCACACAAGAGUACAACUUCACAUGGCACAAACCCAUGCCUCCAUUUGGCUUUCAUCUGUUUAGUUUUUGGACCUGCUGAUACUUGAAUGUUCACAUGAGACAGGCCCAACUGAAGGGGAUUCAGAUUACAAAAUUAUUUACUUGAACACUGUAAAUAUCAAGUUGAAUAUCAAGACAUUAUGGUGGUUUUCAUCAAAGUGUGAGUGGUAACUGAGAAAUGAUAGUGUAUAGUCUAAGCUGUUAAUGAUUUCAGAUGAUUUGCAAAUGUAUACUCUACCUGAUACUAGCUAUGAUGGGUUUGUUUGUUUCCUUGGUCAGUUCUCCACAACUUAUUCUGAACAACCUUUAAAAAGAAACUGCGUGGAUGUUGGGGCACCCCUGAGUUUAAUGUUCCUCUUCAAGUGCCUGACCUACACCUAUGGGGUAAUUAGCUUUCCUCUCACCACCUCAAAUGAUCUGUCUCCUCCUAAGCAGUCUAUGUGAGGCUGCUUGGCAACUUCUCAUUCCAGAAAAUGAGAACAGUAGGUCCCUUUGAGAAGAUAUCCCAAGCAGCAUUUCUUUUCUCAACUGCCCUAGACUAGGUUCUUUUACUCUGCCUGGAACUUUCUCCUCCACUCACCACCUUCUUACCCCACCCACCCUGGUUAGAAGGAAAUCAACUCACUACUAAUUAUACACAUUUUCUGAAACUGAUUUUACUCCCCACUUACCAUCUUCCUUUCAAUGCCCUCUUUGGAACCCACCCGAUACCUCACUCUAAGGCUCAGGGAGGGAAAGCUUGUAGGUGAAGAUCUAUUUCUGGGGGACUGAUGCUGGUUUUGCCAAGGUAUCACAAGUUCUUUAGCAUAUGGAGUGAUUCAGUUGGCCUGAAGCAGUUGAGAGAAAAAAAAUAUGGAUUUGAGUUAGAUUUCAACUCUGUUCUAGGGAAAAGGCUUUCAUAUGGCAGUUAAACCAUGGUGCAUAGGAAUGUUAGUUUUGUUCAUCCUGACAGAAGGUGCAUCAUGGGCAUGGUUUUUUUUUACUGGCAUUUAAUACUCUUAUGAUUUUUUCCAUACCUCGGUUCCCCUGGUGAAAUGUUCCUGAAAAAGCCAAACUGACUUUUGUACAGUAGGAUGUAAAGAAACAAAAUGUUCAAUAAAAAGUUGCAUGCAGCAACA